AUGGUCCUACCAUAUAUUCAAAGUAGAGGCGUCUCUCGUAAUUACUUUUCAAAUAGAAUACAAUGCGGGCCAUACGGCUUUGUCUGCGACGGGAUUUCCAAGCUGCGAUUGUGCGAAGAUGGAAAUCUGUUAGGCCCCAGUUUCCGGUGCCCCGCUAAUACCAUUUGCAACGAAGAAUCCGACGAAGUUUGCGAAAAUGCAAUUAACUACAUCGAUCCGGCUAUAACUAGAAACAUCCGGUGUUAUCGCAACGAGAGAUUGGCAGAUCCCAGUGUACCUGGCUGCAAAGGUUACAUUAUGUGCAUUCCCAAUAAAAACAGGUUUCAGGGGUUAAAAUUUCAUUGUUCAGGGACUACAAUAUUUAAUGGGUUCACACGAGCUUGUACCUCACCGGACAAAUAUAAAUGCCCUCUCGGUAACAGUACAUCUAGCCAGAACAAAUAUUACUCAGAUUCUAACGGGAACCGAAAAGGAGAAAUUAAUCGUGGUGGCGCUGCAAUAUCGCCGUACGAUCGUCUACACAACCCAAUCGAAUGUGAAAACUACAAAUUUGCUGUGACCACCGAUAACAGUCCUGCUCACGUAACAUACUUCUGCCCACCAAGACCAGCUAAAGGUGAAUUCAAUAUUCGAUGCACAGUAUUCUCUAAUAACUUUUGUAUUUCACUUGAAAAGGACGAGGAUUGA